AUGAAUCAACACGAGCUCCAGACCUCCCGACAGCCUCUCAUGAAGGAUGAGAGAGAUGUCUUCUUGGACACCGAUGCUCCUCCCAACGAUGGCUUCCACAUCGAAUCUCUUCGAGAAGUGCCCAAACGAGUGCUGUCCACAGCUUCUGCGCACGUCCGACCUGCCACUGUCUACAAACUCGGUAAACGAUUUGCCUACUGCUUCGUCCCUCAGUUUGCGCGUUCUCGGUACUGGAACGAUCACGCUUCCAAGCCCAAGCAGUUUCCCACCAGCUAUCUGAAUGGCCUACGAGGCAUCACCGCGAUCAAGGUCUUUACCUUUCACUUCAUCAUGGCAUACAGCGACAUUGGCUUCCAGCCCUGGGGCACUAACGAUCGCCACCGCUAUUUCCUCGAGCUUCCCAUCAUUCGAUAUUUCUAUUCCGGCUUCACGGCUCAUGUUUUCUUCGGCAUUGCGGGAUACUUGACCUCUUUACGAUUGUUCCAGCUGCUCGACAAAGGCGAUCAAAUCUCACAGUCCAAGGUCCUGCUGAACGUCUCGGGCGCUCUCUUCCGUCGAGCAUUCAGACUCUACCUGCCUGUCCUCAUGGUCACUCUCAUCACGGCUCACUACAUCCAUUUCGGCUUCUACGAAGGAAAUCGUGGCUACAUCAUGGAUCACGACAAGCUCUUCCCCGGCGACUGGAAUGAAAUCAAGCCCGAAAUGUUUCCGACCUACUACCAGCAGCUGAGCAACUGGGCGGGAGAAAUGUUCGACCUCACAAACAUAUUUGCUCCUGGCGCUGUCUAUCCCUAUCACGAUCAGCAUUUGUGGUCCAUCCUGGCCGAGUUGAAGGGUUCAAUCUUUCUCUACAUGAUCCUGGUGGGCACAGCGCAAUGCCGGAAAUAUGUUCGAUUGGCAGGGUUGUGUAUCAUGACAUACAUGUUCUUUCUGUGGAACCACUGGGAGAUUUGGGUCUACAUCAUUGGAGCGGUCGUGGCACAGAUCGACCUCCUUCUCACUGAACGCGAACAGGAAAAGAGACUUACAUUGGUGCCAGACCGACUGCCUCCUUCGCCGCCACACUCGCCGAAACCAGACUACAAGCCGCCUCCUUCCUGGUCUGAUUACGUGUCGACUCCUCCCAAAGGAUGGCAACGUGGCCUUCGCGUCUUCGGCUUCUUGCUGACGUUCUAUUUUCUGUCCUACCCGAUUGACGGCUCAAGAGAUUAUGCGCCGGGGUACAUGACACUGAAUAAGCUGAUUCCGGAAUGGAUGGUACGCAAGGACAAGUUCUAUCCGAACAUCGGCACUGGCAUCUUGUUGUUCUUGCUGGCGCGCUCUGAUCCCAAAACUUCGAUUUGGCGCCGCAUACUUAACAGCAGCCCGGCGCAGUACUUGGGCAAGAUCAGUUUUGGUCUCUACUUGGUCCACGGUCCCAUUCUUCACGCGGUGGGAUACAUGAUCCCCCACCGGAUCUGGUGGUCAAUGGGCGUUCAGGGCAUCGACACGACCGACCUGGUCUGGACGGCCGUCAUGACCAUCGGAUGGGCCAUCAGCCUGAUGCUGUCUUUGUGGGCGGCGGACGUCUGGACGAGGGAGGUCGAAAGUCGAUGUGUCAAGGCGGUCAAGAAAUUGGAGGACGUCUGCUUUGUCAAAGCCUGA